AGUUCCUCUGAAUCAAUUAUUUUUUUUAAAUAGCUCAACUCUGGAAAAGGAAUUAAAAUCUGAAAAGGAACAGAGACAAACUUUGCAAAGAGAGCUACACCGGGAGAAGGAUGCCACCUCUCUGCUUAAAACAGAAUUGGAACAAAUGGAAGGACUGAAAAAGGAGCUGAGAAAAUUGCAAGAUGAGAAGCAGCAGCUAGAGAAAGUCUGUGAGGAACAGGAGCAAGCUCUGCAAGAAAUGGGGCUUCAUCUCAGCCAAUCUAAGUUGAAGAUGGAAGACAUUAAAGAAGUAAACAAAGCACUAAAGGGUCAUACCUGGCUGAAAGAUGACGAAGCAACACACUGCAAGCAGUGCGAGAAGGAAUUCUCUAUCUCAAGAAGAAAGCAUCACUGCAGAAACUGCGGGGACAUCUUCUGCAACACUUGUUCCAGCAAUGAACUGGCACUGCCAUCGUAUCCCAAACCUGUCCGUGUCUGUGACACUUGUCACACCUUACUACUUCAGCGGUGUUCAUCUAAUUCCUCCUAAGCCUCUGGUAACCUCAGAGGGACCAACUCAGCAUUGGAGAAGUAGCCAUCAUUAAUUCUGAAUUCCAGGCACCUUUGAAGCUGUCUGCUCUAUUUUCCAUCGUUAGGACAGGUCGGUGUGAAAGAAUGGUAGGGGUAAUGCAAGUGGGAUAAUUAAAAUUGUAUUACCUGAGUUCAAAUUCUAUUUGAAACUAAAAUGCAAAUCCAUUUUCUGAUUUUUUUUAUACACAAGAUAUUUGUAUUAAUAUUUGUAUAUGGGAUUUCUAGUUACUCAAUCCCCCUAGAAGUUACUUUUCCUGUAGAUUAACUUCAGUUCCUCUGUAUCCUCACUGUAGGCAUUCCUGUUACACUGGCUAAUGUACAGUUCUGUAUUCUAAGUUCUGAGCUAAGAAAAGGAAUGUUCACUUACCAAUUGUCUAUGGAAAGAGCUUUAUGAGUGUCAAUGAAUGUGCCUUCCGUAUUCAGAGUAAAAAAAACUACAACUUAACACUUGUUCUGAAAGUAGCUGUGAACACAGUGUGGUAGCUGCACAAUAAAGUCUUUUGCAAAAAGAA